UAAUUCUUCCAGGCCUGAUGGACAGGAAGUCACCAGUCCAGUGCUCAGUAUCAGUACUGGUACCAGUCUGGUACGACACACUGACUCCUGGGACCAGUCUGAUACAGAGUAUUGAUUAUUGGUGCUCAUCUGAUAUGCAAAACGGAUCGAUGCAUCAGAAGGAUUCUGUAAACGAUGACGACUUUGACAAUUACUUAAGCAGCCAGACGAAUCAGAGUAAUAGCUACCCACCAAUGUCUGACCCCUACAUGCCCAGCUACUAUGCCCCAUCUAUUGGAUUUCCCUACUCUCUGGGUGAAGCUGCGUGGUCCACCGCAGGUGACCCCCCUAUGCCCUACCUAACAACGUAUGGACAGAUGAGCAACGGCGAGCACCAUUUCAUCCCCGAUGGAGUCUUUAGCCAGCCCGGUGCUCUCGGCAACACGCCGCCGUUUCUCAGUCAACACGGAUUUAACUUCUUUCCCGGCAAUGCGGACUUUUCCACCUGGGGCACCAGCGGCUCGCAGGGACAAUCGACCCAGAGCUCAGCGUACAGCAACAGCUACGGUUACGCGCCCAGCUCACUGGGCAGGGCUAUAGCGGACGGACAGGCCGGCUUUGGCAGUGACACGCAGCUCAGCAAGGUUCCUCCUCUGAGCAGCAUCGACCAAGGCAUGGCCGGGCUCAAGCUCGGGUCCGACAUGGCAGCCGUCACCAAAACCGUCGGCUCUCCUCUCGUAGGAACGGCCGGCAUGAGCAGCAUGGCGGCCAACAGCGUGCCUCCUGUCAGCUCCUCAGCUCCAAAGCCUACAUCUUGGGCAGCCAUUGCUAAGAAACCAGCUAAACCUCAGCCCAAACUCAAGCCUAAGGCCAAUCCGGGCAUGGGAUGCGGUGCCACCAUUCCUCCACCGCCUAUAAAGCAUAACAUGAACAUCGGAACCUGGGACGACAAAGGUUCCCUCACGAAACCACCGCUGGCUCAGCAGAUGUUGCCUCCUCAGCCUCUGGUGCAGCCACAGAUUUUAGCUCAGCCUCAGCCCUUAUUGCCUCCUCAACCCCAACCCCAGCAGCUCCAUCUUCAGUCCCCUCAACCUCCUCCACAGCUUCAACCAGGUCCACCGCAUCCUCUGCAGCACCAUCCGUCCCAAUCUGCCCCUCCUCAGCCCCAGCAUCCUCUCGCUCAGCAGAACGCGCCACUGCAGAACAGGUGGGUGGCACCGAGGAACAGGGUGGCCACCUUUAACCAGAGCGGGGGGCCGGAGAACUUCGGUCUGGGUCCCGGCGUGCCUCUGAGCGCCUCCCUGUCUGCCCCGGGUGAGCUCCACCCGGUUCUGGAGAAGCUCAAAGCGCUUAACAGCUACAACCCCAAAGACUUUGACUGGAACGUGAAGAACGGUCGCGUGUUCAUCAUCAAGAGCUACUCCGAGGACGACAUCCACCGUUCCAUCAAGUACUCCAUCUGGUGCAGCACGGAGCACGGCAACAAGCGGCUGGACGCGGCGUACCGCUCGCUGGCCGCCAAGGGCCCGCUCUACCUUCUGUUCAGCGUCAACGGCAGCGGUCACUUCUGCGGCGUGGCCGAGAUGAAGUCACCCGUGGACUACAACGCCUACGCUGGCGUCUGGUCUCAGGACAAGUGGAAGGGAAAGUUCGAGGUCAAGUGGAUCUUCGUCAAGGACGUCCCCAACAACCAGCUGCGGCACAUCCGCCUGGAGAACAAUGACAACAAGCCGGUCACCAACUCCAGGGACACUCAGGAGGUGCCUCUGGAAAAGGCCAAGCAAGUGCUUAAAAUUAUCGCCACUUUCAAGCAUACCACCUCGAUCUUCGACGAUUUUGCACAUUAUGAAAAACGGCAGGAGGAAGAGGAAGCCAUACGUAGGCAGCUAUAAAAAGUCGUUCCUUCACCAUUCUCCUGAAGAUGAUGUAAAAUCCACGCUGACACUGGAGACUCCUUCCGUAAAUAUUCAAUAGACGACGGCUCCGCGUCAGCCACCUCUCCCGGUUCCGUCUCCGCGUCAGCCACCGCUCCGGUUCCGUCUCCGCGUCAGCCACCGCUCCGGUUCCGUCUCCGCGUCAGCCACCGCUCCGGUUCCGUCUCCGCGUCAGCCACUGCUCCGGUUCCGUCUCCGCGUCAGCCACCUCUCCCGGGUUCUGGUCCGUUUAUGACCACCGUGAUGUGUCCAGGUUUUUUUUGCCUGCAAACGAAUUUACUGAAUGAUAUAAAGACAUGAAAUUUAGAUAUUUCUCUUUUUAAAUAUUUAGGUUUCAGAAUAAAAUCAUACAGUUAACUGUGAAAAGAAGAGAUAAAAGAAGAAUAAGAGAGAGUGAGAGAAAGAGCAACAGAGAAAGAGAGAGAGAAAGAAGUAACGAGAGAGAGAGAGAAAAGAGGAAGAGCGAGAGAGAGUGCAAAAGAGAGAGUGAGAGAAAAAAGAGAGUGAAAGAGCAAGAGAGAGAGAAGAAAGAGGAAGAGCGAGAGAGAAUGAGAGAGAGAGGAAGGAGCAAGAGAGAGAAAAGAAAGAGAAUGUGAGAGAGCAAGAAGAAUGAGAAUGAGAGAAAAAAGAGAGGAAGAGUGAGAGAGAGAGAAAGAGGAAAGAGAGAAAGAGGGACUGUCACACUGAUGAACAAACUAUACAGUAGAACCUCGACAUAUGAGUUUAAUUAGUUCUGGAGUCGAGGUCUUAAGGUGAAAGUCUGUACUGAAAUGAAUUUCCCCAUCAGAAUGAAUGUAAACGCAGAUAACCUGCUCCAGCUCUCAAAAAUAUGACCGAUACGUAUGGCUACUUACAAAGAACUGACCCAAGCCAAGCGUUCCGUGUCGAGGCUCCUCACAGGAAGUCGUGCCACCAAGCUUGGGCUAAAAAUAGAACAGACCACCCACACCACCGAUCUGUCAACAAAAACCCCCGGAGAAUCCGCUAGUCUAGACGACGGUAUCGUGGGUUCACUUUAACACAUUUCACUGACUGUAAAAUUCCUAACCUCAGUUUUCUUGGCUUCGUUGUCUUUCAGUAUUUUAUUAGAACUCAGUACAUCACACUCUACACACUUUAUUCAGGACAAGUCCCAAAGUCGCUCGAUUCUGUUGAAUUAUUUAUUUAUUUUUGUCCUCACAACAGUGUUUGUCUGUUUGUUUAUUUAUUUAUUACUUUGAUAUAUUAUGAUGUGUGGUAAACUCACAGCGCCUCCUGCAGGAAGUCCAGCGCUAAGCUCCGCUCUGCUCGUGUUUUGCUAACGUUUUGGAUGUGACGUGACUUUGUUCUUUAUUUUAUUAUUUGAAGCGUUUUGUCUCCUCGUCUUCUCCGCUCUUCAUCACAGUGGGUUGAGGUUUAAACAGUUUGAGAUCAGGCCCUGACUCUGUUAGUGUCUCUGCUCAAUGUGUUUAUUAAGCUUUUUGUUUCAUUCUGGCUUUAUUUAUUUAUUUAUUUAUUUAUUUAUUUAUUUAUUUAUUUAUUAAUUAAUUAAAUGAAAGUGUGGGCGGAGUGUGCGAUGAUGCGUCAAAGCUCUGGGUGUUGUAUUCAUCAUGGCUGGAGGAUGUGAUGGUCACAAGAACAUGCUGCAUGUUGGCUGAUCCACAUUUUCCUUCUGAUUCCUCUUUCUUUCCCCUUUCCUUUCCUCUUCCUUUCCCUUUUCCUUUCUUUUCCCUUCUCCUCUCCUCUCCUCUCCCUCUCCCUCCUCUUCCUCUCCCUUUCCCCUCCCUCUCCCUCUCCUCUCCUCUCCCUCUCCUGUCCUCUCCCUCUCCUCUCCCUUUUUCCUUCCUUUCUUCUCCCUCUCCCUUUCCUCUUCUCUCCCUUUCUCCUCUCUUCUCCCUUUCCUUUCCUUUCCCCUCCCUCUCCUCUCCUCCUUUUCUUUCCUCUACUCUCUCCUUUUGUUUCAUUUCCUCCCUCUUUCUGUCCUGUCCUCCUGUGCUUGUCUGGUGUCAGGAGGUGACAGGAAGUUGAGAUCAGGACAAGAAAUCAUUGAAAAUAUAUCAGGAGAAAUUGAGUCUCGUGUGUAUGUUUCAGAUUUCAGGUUAUCUCCAUGUUUGAUUAUAAAUCAUAUGAAUAAUUAACAAAUCUGUUCAUCAUUCAAUUCUGUAACAAUCCUCAUUAUAGAGAAACAUCUCUCUCUCUCUCCCUCCCUCUCUUGCUCUCUCCCUCCCUCUCUCUCUCUGUCUGUCUCUCUCUCUCGCGCUCUCCCCCCCUGUCUCUCCCUCCCUCUCUCUCUCUCUUUCUCUCCCUCCCUCUCUCUCUCUGUCUCGCGCUCUCUCUGUCUGUCUCUCUCUCUCACGCCCCC